AUGAAAACCAUCUUCUCUACCUUUAUCAUUAGUAUAAUCACGAGCCUAGUGCUUAGCUUAGCUUGGAUGCCGGUCAUCGAAACUUGCUCAAUAGGUGAAGGAAAACGUGAUUGCCAUUCAGGCUUCUCUUGUAGCUCUAACAACGAUUGCAUAUUCAAGAAUUGUGAAAAUUUCGUCUGCGUGCGCAAUUUGUCUGGUGGAUGUAAAGUUGGAGGCCAGAAAAAAAAUUGUAAACUCGGUGAUCCCUGUGUGACUAGUGAUGACUGCCAAACACCUGGCUGUGAAGCUAACGACAAGGGAGAUUCUUUUUGUGUUUGA